GGGUGUAAUGGUGAAGUCUCUUCCUUUAUCUUUAAGUGCGUAAAGUGCAGGAAGUUCAGAAGGUCUAACCAAGAACAAAAAAUGGCUGAUCUUCCCCCUGAGAGAAUGGAAAGUACACCUCCGUUCACGUACAGUGGAAUGGACUGUUUUGGUCCAUUCUACGUCAGAGAAGGAAGGAAAGAGCUAAAGAAAUAUGGGCUCAUAUUUACAUGUAUGUGCUCAAGAGCCAUCCACUUAGAAGUAUUGGAUGACCUUUCGUCUGAUGCCUUCCUGAAUGCAUUGCGAUGUUUCAUUGCAAUAAGAGGCAAUGUGAGACAACUUCAAAGUGAUCAAGGUACCAAUUUUGUAGGUGCGAAAAAUGAGUUCCAAAACAUGAUGAAAGGACUACCAGAGGAACGUGUGAAAGAACUUGGAUGCAGCUUUGUGAUGAAUCCUCCUGCUUCCAGUCACAUGGGCGGCGUCUGGGAGAGGCAGAUCCGCACUGUAAGGAGUAUCCUAACCUCUAUCCUCGACCAAUCUGCAAGUCGACUUGACAGCUCAUCACUGAGGACAUACUUAUAUGAGGUGAUGGCUAUAGUGAAUAGUCGACCUUUGACCACUGUCCAUCUCAAUGAUCCAUCAGGCCCGGAACCUCUGACCCCCAAUCAUAUCCUCACAAUGAAAUCUUCAGUCAUCAUGCCCCCGCCUGGUGAGUUUGUGAAGGAAGAUUUAUAUCUUCAGAAAAGAUGGAGGAGGGUUCAAUUUCUAUCAAAUGAGUUCUGGACCAGGUGGAAAAGGGAGUAUUUGCUCAAUUUACAACAAAGAAGAAAAUGGACUACUGAGAGACGGAAUGCUAAAGUAAAUGACAUUGUCUUGCUGUUGGACGACAACCUGCCAAGAAACCAGUGGAAGUUGGCAAGGAUAGUGGAAGUCUUCCCAGCUGCAGACAACAGGGUUAGAAAGGUCAAGCUGUUAGUUAGUAACACAUUUUUGGACAACAGAGGCAAGCGCACAUCCCAGCCACUUUAUUUAGAGAGAGCCAUACAUAAAACAGUGCUAUUACUUGAAGCAGAGUAAAGGGUUAUCUUAAGAAGGUGCCUUUGUUUACUGUUGGUAGUUUUUUUUGUUGUUUAACAAGUUAUUGUAUAUAGUUUAAAUGAAUCACUUUGUGUGAUUGGUGGGAGUGUGAAUGCUGUGAAAACAUCAUUGUAAAAUGCUUCUUUUUAUUUUUGAUGAAACUGGAGCUCGUGCUCUUAUUUUGAAAGGCACACUUGCCUUUCUCAACAACUUCCGGUUAGCUUAACGUGUGCACUCGUUUUUUUUCUAACGUAUGAAAGGAAGCUGAUAUAUGCUGAAUACGUUCAGAUUAAUAUAAGAGACUAACAGCAAGCAAAACUUGUUUUCUCCCCUCCCAUUCGGAGCUACAAGCAGGCAAAGUGUUCUACGGUGGUUUAUGGUGCUGCAUGAUGCUAGCUUUGCUAGUCAAUAACGGCACAAAUAAAGAACGCCAUCUGUAAAAAGAA